UAAUGCAGCAGUAGAAGCGUAAUAAAAGGCGCUGAUACCGCCGCAGGUAGGGGUUUGGAAGUAUCUCUUACUCGAGUCUAUCUUUUCUCAACAUGCUUUCUUUUCUUCCCCUUUCUUUUCUGAUAGCUCUGCUGGCCGGGGAGGGCAGCUAUGCUGCUCCACUUGCUAGAAUUACGGGGAGAUCCGUGGGCACUGAUGUGUUCUCGACCUUUCAAUUGAUGGAACAGUAUGCUGCCGCCUCAUACUGCUCACCAAACUACGAUGAGACACCGAACACUGAGGUCACUUGUCCAGCUGGCAAUUGCCCGUUGGUGCAGGCAGCUUCCACGGAUACAUUGGUAGAGUUUGAGAACUCUUUGAAAACCGAUGUCACUGGAUUCGUAGCCGUAGACCAUACCAACAGCAUCACCGUCGUAUCAUUCCGAGGCUCCGCAUCGAUCAAGAAUUGGAUCGCCAACCUUGAUAUGACGCAAAUCCCCACCGACAUCUGCACCGGCUGCAAAGUCCACCAAGGCUUCUGGGACUCCUGGACCGAGGCGAGGGACGGAGUCUUAAAUGCAAUCAAGUCUGCCGCCGCCUCGAACCCAUCUUAUAAGAUCGUCGUUGUCGGUCACAGCUUGGGUGGUGCCAUUUCAGCCCUCGCGGCCGCGGAGCUGAGGAAGUCUGGAUGCGAUGUUGCUCUUUACACAUUUGGAUCUCCUCGCGUUGGAAACGGCGCGUUCAGCGACUUCGUCUCCAAUCAACCUGGAGGCAAUUACCGCAUCACUCAUUACAACGACAUUGUUCCCCGGGUCCCGACUCUCAUUCAAGGAUACGUCCAUAUUACUCCAGAGUUUUAUAUUAGUAAGCCGAACUUCAAGACCGUUGCUGCGUCAGAUAUCAAGGAGUACAAAAGCAACACUAUUCUUGGUGGUAACAAUGCGUGGGUUGUUACCGACAUCCUUGCGCAUACGUGGUAUUUCAAUUCUAUUGCACAGUGUUACAUCAAUCAACUUUUGCCCAAGAGGGACUUAGAUGUAGAGGUGGUUGAGAGAUUUUGAAGAGGGUGGAGGCAGUCUUUUGGAGUUGGAAGCUAUUUGCCGAUUAGGAUGGUGCUUAGAAUAUCCGACUUUUCUAUCUUUAUUGUUAUUCAUUAUUAUUAAAGGCUUAAGUUCCUCCAUACUGCAUGGUCUAGCAUUGAAUUACCACUCCAGAUCUAGGAGGAACAUAUUGGACUGUCUAUGAUUCGCUGGGACACUACAGAAUGCUCUCGUGUUUGUGUACAACGCGAUCGCACGCUCUUCCGGUGACAUCGGUUGGAAAGUAUUUUAUUUU